CGAUCAACUCUGACAUAAUUCAAUUGAAAGGCUUUUGAUUGGCACACAAGACUCGCUGCCUCUCUGCGUUUUGUUUGCCAAUCUCAUAAAUAAUCAUCAAUAUAAUAUAGCGACAUGUAAAACACCACGCCACUUCUUUGCGAAACGCACACACGUGUGCAACCUGAUUAAAACACGAUUAAAGUUAAUCGAGCAAUUAGCACCCCGAUCGACUUGUGUGCUUUGGUAUAAAUCGACGACGGCGAAUGCCAAGUGGGAGCGAAAAUACUCGGCGCGGCGUGUGCCAAUAGAAUUUCGUGUGUGUUGGCCCCCUUUUUCUGUGGACAGCGUCGCGACGCAAAUUACCAACGUGAUUUUAGUGCUACAAUUACGCCGAAACGAUUUGCACACUUUUUUCAGCACUAAAUGUGAUCAACGCGUGUUUUACGUUCGGUUUUUAUUUAUUUUUUGCGUGAAUCUGAAUGUUUUGAGUUUUGUGCGUGUGAAAAAUAAAAUUUAUCCGAUGCGUGGAUAUUUACGAGCGAAAACAAAUCGUAAACUGCGUGAAAGUUCACUGCACUUGUAAAUACAGUGGAUUUUUAUUGUUAUUAUAAUAAAAAUCAUUAUUUAAAGCGUAGUUUUGUAGAUGACAAUGAAAUCCGCGUACGAUUGUCGGACACAUUAUUAAAAUUUAAAUUAAAAUAGUUAAUUGUGUUUAUAAUUAGAAGUGAGUUGUGUGUCCAGAGAGAUUUAUUACAAUUACCAACUAAAUUUAUAUUAAGAAAUAUUUUAGUACCUGUUUGCCAAAAUGCCCGAAGACAAUAACACCGUCAAGAUCGAGUUCACCGAACGCUCCGACAAGAAGGAGAUGACGGGCGUACGCAAGUGGUUGUCGGAGAACCUCUUGCUGCUCGGCACGCUCUGCGGUGUUGCUGUCGGUGCCAUCAUCGGAUUUGGUUUAAGACCGUGUAAACUUUCGGAUGACUCAAUCACACUGAUAUCAUACCCCGGUGAACUGUUCAUGCGCCUCUUGAAGCUGAUCAUCCUGCCGUUGAUCAUCUCCAGCCUGGUGGCAGGUAGCGCAAGCCUCAACGCCAAACUCAACGGCCGUAUUGCAGUACGCACGCUUGUCUACUUCCUCUGCACAUCCGUGGCGAACGCAAUUCUUGGCGUAACACUGGUCACCAUCAUCCAUCCGGGUCAUCCUGGUCUCAAGGAAGCAUUGGGCGAUGGCAAUGAAAAUCGUGGAGCGACCAGCAUGCUCGACAGUCUGCUGGAUCUUGGAAGAAACAUCGUUGCUGAUAAUAUAUUUCAAGCGACUUUCCAGCAGGCACACACCGCCUACGUGAAUACAUCAAAUGUGGUCUACAAUGUCGAAAAUGGUACGCAUGAAGUUACAGAAACACUUGUACGUCAAAUCAACUACAGAUCGGGCACUAAUACUUUAGGAAUCGUGUUCUUUUGCCUUAUCUUCGGCACGAUUCUCGGUACUCUGGGCGAAAAAUCCAAAGUGGUGAUUGAGUUCUUCACGGUGACCUUCGAGGUGGUGAUGAAAUUUGUAACGGGCGUCAUGUGGCUCACCCCGUUCGGGAUAAGCAGCGUAAUUGCGGGGAAAAUCCUCGCUGUGAAUGACCUCGCGCUGGUAAUCUCCAAUCUGGCGUGUUUUAUUGCCACCGUCGUGCUGGGCGUCCUCAUCUAUCAGCUAAUCUUCAUGCAGCUGAUCUAUUUAGUAUUUGUCCGCAAGAAUCCGUUCAAAUUUUACGUCGGAUUGGUGCAGAGCACGUGUACGGCUUUCGCAACGGCCAGCACGGCCGCCGCGCUGCCGAUCACAUUCAGACUGAUGACGGAGAAUCUGAAAAUCGAUACGCGGAUUACCAGAUUCGUCCUGCCUAUCGGAUGCAAUAUUAAUAUGGAUGGUACGGCGCUAUUUGUGGCGAUUGCGUCCUGUUUCAUCGCGCAGAUGAAUGGAAUCACGCUGGGAUUCGGCGAACUCGUCACCGUUUGUUUUACGUCAACGGCGGCGAGUUUUUCGUCAGCCAGCGUGCCAAGUGCAGCGUUGGUACUUCUUCUCAUGGUGCUAUCGUCCAUUGACACACCUACACAGGAUGUGUCUUUAUUAUUUGCUGUAGACUGGAUUGUGGAUCGUUUUCGAACCACAAACAAUAUGCUUGGAGACUGUUACGCCGCGGCUGUGGUAGAAGUGCUGUCGAAGAAGGAGCUGAUGGCGGCCGACGCCAUUAUGCAGGAAUCCUCCGAGUACGACGAGCGCAACUCGCUGCCGAACAGCAUCAGCAAGGAGCUGGCGCCCGGCGACAUUGUGAUACGCGACGAGAAGCGCAACGGAACCAGUAAACUCUAGACUUUUUACACCCCACACCCACACACACACACCGAAAUGUUUUAAUCAUUUAUUAACAUGCGGGUAUUUCGUUGGUCUAAAGCCAAACUGAAACACCCUAUGCGCAGCUAGGCGUAGAUAGCGUGUGUCCUUAGAAUGUCGAUUGGGUCGCGAAUAAUAAAAGACACAUAAUUAACUUUAACGAUAAAUUAUAACCCACAAUAAAAAUGAAGCCUACAUUGUACCAAAACAAAAAAAAAAUAACAAAAUGUAUUCAUGUGUACACGUUUACAUACAUAAAUUAAUCAAUGUGUAAUUUGCUCAGUGUAAAACACGCAUAGUCAACACGAGGGUGGACUGGCAAAACAAUUUGUGAGAGUGUGAUAUUUGUAACAAUGUAAAACGCACGUUGGGAACAAAAUUUUUCAAAUUUGCGUGUCAAUCGCGGGCACAUUUUAAGGGUGGAGGCAGCCGAAAGAACUGAAUCGUGAUCGUAUAUCAAUCUAGUGUAGGCGUAGUAUUACCUAUACCUUGAAAACAAUAUCAUUGUUACGAUAGAUGCUCAUAUUUUAUUAUAAAUGUACUUUUUAUCAACAUUGGUAUCAAUUGGAAGCUGAUUUGGUUUCGAGAUGAUGAUGGCGUGAUGCGAUUGAUAUUGUACACACCCGUAUAUAUUCCAAGGUGAACAAUAAACAUUGAUAACAUA